AGGCAGAGCAUGAUUAACGCAUGUAGGCAGACCAUGGCGUUGUACAGGUCUGUGUGACAGGUUAGCAUUAGAAAAACACCUCCGGACAGACGCGUCUGCGCACUGUAAUCUGCUGCCAGCCACGGCAGUGUGAGAAAUAAGGAUGGGGUCUCGAAUCAAGGAGAGUCCGGAGUCCACUUUUGAGAUGUAUCUCGAGGUAGCCCAACCAGGUACACACAGUUCUGGGCCGGAGGUGCGAAGGCAGUUCCCUGAAGACUACACAGACCAGGAAACUCUUCAGACUGUGCCCAAGUUCUGCUUCCCAUUCAGCAUGGACAGCCUGACAGUCAACCAGGUUGGCCAGAAUUUCACAUUUGUGUUGACUGACAUUGAGAGCAAACAGAGAUUUGGUUUCUGUCGCCUGUCCUCGGGUGCACACACCUGCUACUGCAUUCUCAGCUACCUGCCAUGGUUUGAAGUCUUCUACAAGCUGCUUAAUAUCCUCGCAGAUUACAGUAUCAAAGGCCAGGAAAGCCAAUGGCAAGAACUACUGGUAUCACUACAUACACUCCCCAUCCCUGAACCUGGAGUUCCUGUUCAUCUCGGCAUGCAUUCUUUCUUCACUGUGCCUGACACAAGGGACCUCCCCAUCAUACCUGAGAAUAGAAACCUAACCGAGUACUUUGUAGCAGUAGAUGUCAAUAACAUGCUUCAUCUGUAUGCUAGUAUGCUCUAUGAACGUCGACUCCUCAUCUGCUGUAGCAAACUAAGCACUUUAACAGCUUGUGUUCAUGGGUCUGCAGCCAUGUUAUAUCCAAUGCACUGGCAACAUGUUUACAUCCCUGUCCUUCCUCAACAUCUGUUAGACUACUGUUGUGCCCCAAUGCCCUACCUCAUCGGAGUGCAUUCCAGCCUGAUGGAGAAGGUUCGAGGGAUGGCUCUUGAUGAUGUAGUGAUCCUGAAUGUGGACACAAAUACCUUGGAAACCCCGUAUGAUGACCUCCAAAGCCUGCCCAAUGACGUGGUUUCAUCUUUAAAAAGUCGUUUGAAGAAGGUUUCAACAACAACAGGCGACGGUGUGGCUCGAGCCUUCCUUAGGAGUCAGGUGGCUCUGUUCGGCAGCUACAGAAGCGCUCUGCAGAUCGAGUCGGGAGAGCCAAUAACAUUUAAUGAAGAAACCUUUGUGAACCAUCGUUCCAGUGCCAUGAGACAGUUCCUCCAGAAUGCCAUUCAGCUGCAGCUCUUCAAACAGAUCAACAUGGGUGAAUAUGCAGGCAGUGACAAGACCUACCACCAGUGGCUGUUCACUGUGAAGAAAGGGGGUGGGGCUAUCUUCAACACGGUGAAGACAAAGGCAAACCCAGCCAUGAAGACUGUUUACAAGUUUGCCAAGGACCAUGCCAAAAUGCGCAUUAAAGAAGUCAAGAGUCGAUUAAAGCAGAGGGUACAUAGCUUUGCACUAGUGACAGACAAUUUUGUUUUUGUUGUUGUUCUAACCACUUUUAAAUUGAUCGACGACGACAGCACAGCAGGGUUUAACUCCUCUACUGGUCCAAUCAUAAGGGCAAGGCCACUGAGAACCUGGGAUGACCACAGACCAAUCACUGUGCACUUUGGACAGACUCGGCCACCUGUAUCAUUGAAGAGACCAAGCAGCAAUGUGAGUCUGGAAAGCAGCAUUGACCAUUCUAUCCGUCCUGCCCGUCACUACACAGUCUUUCUUUCUGAAGAUUCAUCCGGAGACGAGCUCCAGCAUGACAGUGACUCCAUCUCUGGGUUUCCUGACAGCUUUCUCUUCUCUGUCCCUUUUGAUUGGUCACGUCUACCACAGCCUUACCGCUGCUUGAAGGAGGUUGAGAUGAUAGAAGGGGAUGAUCCUAGUUUUGGGGGAGAGAGUCACACUGCCCCACCCAGCCCAGUUGAGAAGUUCUCCAAUGUCAACCUGCUUGGCGAUAUCUUUGGCUGCCACGACGAGCCCGACAGCCAACCAAUUACCUUGGCUAAAAGCCUUGAGGACCUGAGGACUCCUAAAGACUCUGAGGAGCUACAAGCCAAGUUUGCCUACCAGCGGAUAGACCUGAGUGUUAGUGAGCACUCACAAACACUUCCAGGUCUCAAGCUCUCCAACCCCUACAACAAGCUAUGGAGUAUAGAGCAGGAUGAGACAGCCUUGCCCAUUUGUGUACCUCCUACUUGUGAUAGACCACCAUCUCUCCAACGUCCUGUGCAGACAGAAUCCCACUCCCCAAGCCAUGAAAUCCCAAGCCUGGCCCCUGACCCUUUGGAGCCUUCCACCCCUGGCAAUAUCACCAUACCACGGCCCCAAGGAAGAAAGACGCCUGAGCUUGGUACUGUUCUAGCACCGCCUGUGGCUCAGUUGCGCUCUAAACCAGCAGGAACUGGUGAAGGCAGGACUACAUCAGGGGGACAGGAGUUUAGGCAAGCACUGAGCAUGAGCACAGAUGGAAACAGUAUAGACCUGUUAAGCCUUCUAGACCCCCUUAACAACUCAGUGCAAAUCAGUUCCACUUCAGGAAGUGAUGGUGUUGAUAUUAGUAUGUCAUCAUCUUCCUGCAAACCAACACUACCACCCAUGUCUUACCCACAGAGCUUGCCUCCUUACCCAGUGCAUCCUCACAUAUCACUCAACCCUUUUGUCCAUUCUCUGCAGCACACAGCUGCUCAAAUGCAUUACUCACCAACUAUAAGUGGGAAUCCUUUUAGUGCAGUCUAUAGGCCUCCCCCAGGCUCUUACUUACAACCUCCACCCCAGCCACAGCCUUUGUCUACACUACCAGGGCUCUACAGGCAGCAUUCUCCAGGCAGUUCAACUCUACCACCCAGCUAUGGACUGCUCCAGCCAGCCGUCCCCUCCUCAGUCACCUCCCUGCCUCACUCUUCUGCCAGCAGUAAUACCCUUUCCAGCCUAGCAGACUCCAAACCUGUCUCCAGCGCAACCAUGAACGUACUGGCAAAGACACUUCAUGCUGACAGAGACAGCCAGAAGACUCAGGAUCCUUUUGGGGACCUGCUGACUAUAGCCAAGCCAGCUGCACCCCAAAAAAAGAAGGUGGAGGAUCUUCGGAGGAGGUGGGAAACAUUUGACUAAAACCUGUGAACAUGCACUGUCAAUCUCCAAACUUCCCUCACUACUGUAUCAGGGCCUUCUGUUGCAGUUACUGACACAUUAGCUCAGAUACACUCUUCUGCCUACACAACUCACAAUUGUAGAAGAAUAAUAUCUUAAACUGAGAUUAAAGCCAUGCUGUAGAAUGCAACCUUUACACCAAUUUUUAAUUUGAUAACUUCUGAGUUACAUUCACGUGCAUCAUUAGCUAGCUAGCUAAAAUUAGUUGCUAAUUAAGCUUAAAACUUUUUGCUUACAUUGAAAGGUGCUUUCAGGCAAUAAGCAGAUGCUGUUGUGAACCGAAGUUAAGCAACAGUGUACAGAAGAGACAGGAUGUACGCAAGUGUCUCAUGAACAUGGAAUGAUUCUUAGCCACUGCUUUGUCACAUCACUUUUGUCAAAAAAAAAUUCAACUUGCUGCUGCAGCUCAUCAAGACCAUGGCAAUAGUAGAAACUUUAUAGAUGAAAAGAGUAGUUUUCAUUGAUACUAUGGGAGUCCGCCUGUCCUAUGCUGGAUUCACUGGGUGUACCCACACAAGUGGGAUUCACAAGAAACUAUGGAUGCAUACAUGAUAUGAAAGAUAACGCUAAAGUACAGUUUUACUGUGUCAUAGUUGACUUCUUCAUUGAAGUAACCUGAUAUAAUCAACCCUUUGUUUGCUACAAAUUGCUCUUCUUCUGUUGGACCUCUGACAGAAUACCUACUCAAGGUUGUUGCCCUCUGUGGUUGAUCCAAGCAUCAUCUCAUUCAGAAUUAAAACAUACUUGCCAUUAUCCCUAGUAAACACAGGUGUCAAGUCAACCAGUACUGAAAUCUUAAGGAUUAAAAUCUAAAAUAAAUUCUUUCAUUAUGAAAAUACAGUUUGUAAGUGGUGUUUUCAUGUAUGAUGAAAACAUUUUAUGGCCAUGCCCGUUGUUUCUUCUACUCUUGUGUGUUGUUAAAUGGAGUACAGAGAUGAUGUAUCAUUAACUGCAAAAGGUCCAGUUGGUAGAAAUGGUCAUGUGUUGACGGCAACACACACCCCCCUCAUGCCCACUGCCAUCUGCUUCGCUGCUGACCAUUGAUGAACAGCAGUGUGCAUCUGGUGAAUAAAUGGAGCAUGUGGACUGUCCCAUCAGCCCACAGUACUCGGA